UUUUCUUUUCAGGUCCAUUGACGGAUGAAUGUUUUUUAAACAGGUUCUUUGUUAGGUAGCCUUUAGUUGGCUUGUAAGUGUGGAACUAUUCACAUGAGCGGAUGUGUACAUAUAUAUACUAAAUUUGGUCAUGUGUCGGGUGGUUUAACAGCAGAAAAUCACAUGACAUAUUUGUGACACUUUUAACGUGAGUUGUGAAUGAAGAUACGGUGCCUCACAUGUCGCCAGAACUGUCACAUGACAGAGAGUACCCGUCAAUGUAGAGCAUUUUUAUCUGGAUUCUAUUAAAUCCCUGUGUUUGUGGAACUGAAUUCAGAAGUAUGUGCAUGCUCACCAGUUCAUGUUUUCAUCAUGGAAUCGCUAAGGAGUUUUAGGGCGUUUUAAGUUCGAGUGAUUCAAACAAAACAUUUCAGAGCUUAUUAUUAGUAUACAAGAUUGUGGAGAAUUGACACAGUACUAACGUAAUUGGAUGGAUGGUGCUUUGUUGUUUAAACUCUAAUUCAAACUAAUGAUUUGAAAGCCACAUUUGAAAAGUAAACCUAUUGGAUGUACAUUGUCGAAUUUUAAGAAAGUAUAUACUUACAUAAUUACAAGCCACGUGAAUGUUCAGUGUUUGAUGAACUGUACAUUGGUAGAAAUUCACACUGAGGGAUAUUAAAAGUGCAAUUUGGGAUCAAUGCUGCAAAGUUGCUGGAGAACCAUACAGGUUAUUAGAGAUUCAAACUGACCAUUCAACAAGAUUGCAAUUUCUUUUAAAAUUACCUUACAAUUGAUCAAGUGGAAAUUUUGGAGACAUGGCAUUACUAGAUCCAGCUAAUGUCACUGACCAAGGGGUCAGGGAUGUGCGUAACACUGCUAUAACUGGAGCCACAGAGAACACCAAAAAAGAACAUUUGUACAAAAUCCUGGUCAUCGGGGAGCUUGGCACCGGCAAGACAAGUAUCAUCAAGCGAUAUGUCCAUCAGUUCUUCUCUCAGCACUACAGAGCCACCAUAGGUGUAGAUUUUGCAUUGAAAGUGUUGAAUUGGGAUGCAGAGACGAUCGUGCGGCUACAACUAUGGGACAUUGCAGGCCAGGAGCGGUUUGGCAACAUGACCCGUGUCUACUAUCGGGAAGCCGUGGGCUGUAUUAUAGUUUUUGAUGUCACAAGAGCAUCUACUUUUGAUGCUGUUACUAAGUGGAAGGGUGACCUGGACAGUAAAGUCCAACUAGCAGACGGCAGUCCUAUACCCUGUGUCCUUCUUGCUAAUAAGUGCGACCAAGCUAAGGAGGGACUUGUAAACAACUCCUCUCACAUGGACGAGUUCUGUCGGGAAAAGGGAUUCGGAGGCUGGUUUGAGACCUCGGCUAAAGAAAACAUUAAUAUUGAUGAGGCCACUAGAUUCUUAGUUAAUAAGAUUUUACAAAAUGAUAAAAACUUACGAGCGGAGGAUGAGAAUGAUCCCGAUAAAAUUGAAAUUGGUGAUGAAGACCGGUUCCGAAAAUCAAAGAAAAGCGAUGGUGGAUGUUGUUCUUAGCAACUUCAAGAUGUAAAAAUGUAGAUACAACAUAAAAACAAUUAUUAACCCACCUGUUAUGAUCAAGCUUUCUACAUCAUUAAAUGAACUGUUGUUCCAAUUCUACUUGUGGUUGUAUGCAGUAGACAUUUUGUGGAUGGUGUCGAUUUCGUGAACAAAAUAUACAUGAUAUAUAUAUAUAGGUAUAUUGUUUAUAAAUGACGACAUUAGUUAAGACCAUAGAUGACCUAUCCCAAAAAUAUUACACCCUACACUGUGAGAUCCCAAGGUAAGCAAGAAGUGGAUUGUUUGCCAUAUAUCGUUUACAAAAGAUUCUCCAACCAUCUGUCUGCAGGUAUACAGCACGUUUGUAAUAGAACCUCAUUCAGAAGGUAACAACUCUAUUGUAAGUGGGGAAAAUAUGGAAAACGAUUGACUUCCUGUUUAUCAGAAGUUGUUCUGGUGUAGAACAUCCAAUAAUGAAAAGAAACUUGUUGAUGGUCCUUGGCUUGCAUUGUCAUAUUUAUGUACAGCAUUAUCUAUUUCUGAGGAAUGGGUAUUGUCAAUUGCUUGAUGGAACUAAUUAUGUGAAUAGCCUUGAGGAAUUACAAUGUUAAUAAUUGUGAAGAAUUAA